AGAAUGACAGGGGAGGAGAGAAAGAAAGAGAGGAGGGGAAAGAGUAAAAGAGAGCAGAGAGGUGUCCAAAUCUGCAGUGCACAUCUCCACAAAGCCUGUCCUGCAAUCUACCCGUCACAGAUGAUGUCAUCAGAGGUCCUCACACGUGGUUGGCUGCAGCAGCUGCUCUUUGUGCUGCUCAGGUUCACUCUCUCAUCUGCUGCCCCGGUCAACUUGACUAAUGGGACGGAGUGCACCGCUCGAGGCCCCGCCUCAUACAUCCUGGUGUUCACUGGCCACUGGAGUCCACAGACGUUCCCUAAACAGUAUCCCUUAUUCCGACCACCUGCUCAGUGGUCCAAACUCAUGGCUGUGACCCAUAAUGAGCAUUAUCGGCUCUGGCAGGAGGGAACGCCGGCGAGCGAUGGCAUGAAGAGCUUCGCUGAGCUGGGUCUAACGGUGGAGCUGGUGAAGGGUGCGAAGGAGGCGAGGAAGAGGCGGGCAGUUGGGUCCAUGUACCGCACAGCUGGGAUCCCCUCUGGCAUCGGCCACAGCUCCACAGAGCUGCUUCUAAUGCCCAGAACUCCACUGCUGUCUGUGAUAGUGAAACUGAUCCCCAGUCCUGAUUGGUUUGUGGGGGUGGACGGUCUGAACCUGUGCGAGGGCGGCCAGUGGAAACAGGAAGUGACCUUUGACCUCCACCCAUUUGACGCCGGCACGGAUAGCGGCUUCACGUUCUCCUCGCCCAACUUUCCAACGAUGCCUCUAGAGAAUAUCACCAUGAUCACCUCUCAGAAUCCAAACCACCCUGCAAAUUCCUUCUAUUACCCUCGGCUUACAGAGCUCCCACCCCUGGGCACCAUCUGGCUGAAGCGCCAGGUCCGCUCACCUGUCCGUCAACAGAACCGGGUGUCCAAUCACAUUCUGCCCGAUGUUCCCAAGCCUCAUAAAUUCUCAGAAACGCCGCUGGACUGCGAGGUGUCGAUGUGGUCCUCCUGGGGCCUGUGUUCAGGGCCCUGCUCACGCGGCGGGCUGCGUCAUCGCACCCGGUACAUCCUGCUGAAACCCGCCAACAGCGGCACGCCGUGCCCUGAGCUGGAGGAGCAGGAAGAGUGCACGCAGCAUAACUGCCUGGCGUAUAAGUGAUGCCCGUCACGCCGCUGGCACAGACACUUCGACGCUGUCCGAGCGGAGAGCCGGGUUGAGCCAAUACUGAGUCAGAUUGCGGGAGAGUCGCCCGAGUGGACGUCCAGCAUCGGCUUCUCUCCUCACUGGAAAAGAAUGACUCAUAGUCUGUUAAUAGAGACUUUAAUGGUGCUGUAUUUACAGUAAUCGCAAUGUAUUUUCACAUAAUCGCACAGUAUUUUGUCAAUAUAGAUUUGUGGAUAGACUUCCAAUUGCCCAACCACUGUUCAAUCUAAUAGUAAUCUAGUUGGUUUUGAGUGAUGGCAUUAGUAGGCUGUAAUAGUUCAUUUAGUAGUGAGAUAUGGAUGACCACACUAUCUCAGCUUUUGUGUCAUAUUUCUAAUUUUAUAGAGGACAGAAUUCUUGUAUUUAAAGAGUUUACGUUAUGACUUGGUGAGGAAGUGCACAAAAACAGAUUCACUCGCAUAUUUCAUUCAUCACAUAAGGGACCGUUAAGAGGUUGUAUAUAUGUUGUAUUUUAUGUUUCUCUUAUUAAAUAUGGACUUGUCUCUCAAGUUAUCUUCACACUUUUACAGUUUUUUGGCAAUACUUUAUCAUGAAUGAUAUGACCAAAUAAUACGAUAUUAUUUACUGUAACAGACAAGUUGGUACCAAACGUUACAAAUGGGAGAUGUAUUUACUUUACUAGUAGUGAACUCUCAGAUUUUAAGAUGUUUACCCAAAUGGUUGUUUAAAUCAUGACGAAAUUAUUUCUUGUCACAUUUCACACUGUUUCUAAUUAUCCGUCUAUA